UAGAGAGAGAGAGAAAGAGGCAGUGACGAAAAGAAAAGACGGCUGAUCGCACAACCGUGUAGGUUCUGUUGUCGGCCUCAUGUUGUCUCGUCUCUCGCGGUUUUGAUGUUUUCUCACGUUAUUACGCGGCAGCAUGGACAAUUUGUACAAGAACGAGCUUGAAUUUCUAGAUUUGACAAAUUUAGAUCCAAAUGAUAGAGAAGAAUUGACGGCUAUUUUAAAACCUAAUGCUGUUGUCGAAGGGUUAAAAUUACCAUGGGAUAGGGAGGAAAAUAAUUACUAUGCCCUUUCAGAGCAGAUCGAAGGCCAAGAAAUGGCAAAAGUUUGGCAACAAUAUGUAAUUGAAAGAAAUAUGAUGAAAUAUGAAGCUCAGACAAAUAAUUCAUCUUCCGUCCUUGUUCCUGUACCAUCCACGAUUCAAUACAAUCAACAACUCAUUACACCAGUAUAUCACGAAUGGGCUCCAAACAUGUUUAUUAAUACUAUUGCCAAUGAUCGAAGUAUCCAUCCGUACAUGCAAGGAAUUACUUAUUCUCCAAAUUUGUAUUCGACAAUUGACAAUCAAGAAAUUCCUACGAUGGGAGAAGGUGGUAGACGCGGUCGUGGACGUGGUGCUAAGAAUUACAAUCGAAAUAUUAAUCACAAUAGUGAAAUUCAAACAGGUUACAUAGGAGAUCAUGGUCAAUACCCACUUAAUCUAUCGUGUCAACCAGUUUUAUGUGUUACGGAUCCUUCUGUUACUUUACAGCAGCACCCUGCUGCUGGUCAAUUUUACUUUUCUCCUUCUGCUAUAUAUCAUUCACCUGCUAUGGCACAACAAGCUCAUCGUGUUGAUUGCCCACCAUAUCAUCAACCUCCACCAAAUACAAAGUAUAAUCGCCAAUCUCAAAGCUUAUUACCACAAACUAAUGGAGAGUCCUCAAAAAGUAUAAAUCAUAAAACAUAUGAGAAGCGAGUGCAAAAUGUAAAUAUAACAAAGCCUUCCAUUCAUCAAACGCUUGAUGAUGAUAAUAAUUCAUCCCAAACAAAUAUAGUCACAACAGUUAUUGUAAAUAAUACUAAUAUCGAUUCAACCAUUAAAGACGUUGAUGAAAAUUUAACUAGCAUUAAUAAUUCAAAUAAUAAAAAAUUUGACUUUAAAAUCGAACAACAUAUAGUUUCAACGAUAAAUGAAAAUUAUAAAGGUGUUGAAAAAAGUGAUAUUCCUUGCGUUAAUAUUAAAAGUAGUAUAGAAGUUAAGCAAAAUGGAAAUGAUAAAGAUUAUGAUGAAAAUAAUUCUCAAGUAAAAGCGCCAGUUACGAGUACGACUUCCAAACCUGCUGUAAAAAUAUCUGAUGAAUUUCAAAAUAGGGAAGUCAAAGAUGUGCCAGUAGCAGAAAAUAUAUUAGAAGUUAAUGAAACUCCUAUUAGUACUACAUCAUCUACUAAUACACGAAGUCAGUCUUGGGCUAGUAUUGUAAAGCAAGAUCAAGAACCAAAUUUUGCGAGUACUAAGAAACCAACCGCUUUCAUCGCUCCCCAUAAUGUCACAAGUGUAAACAGUGAACCAACCGAACAAUUGUCAAGUGAAGAAACAUGUUUAAUAAAAAAGACUUACCAGAAUAAGCCAUUUGCUGAAAAUGAAGGUGUACAACAAAAAAGUGAUAUAUCAUUGGAACAACGUAAGUCAUUGCAUACCGAAGUACCUCAAAUACAAAGUAAUGAUCCAAUCACCUAUAGAAUGGGAGAGUUCUUACUCAGUUAUCAAAUGGAUAAGCAGACUGUUAGUUUGUUACCGCGUGGACUAACAAAUCGCAGUAAUUAUUGUUACAUUAAUAGCAUAUUACAAGCCUUACUUGCUUGUCCCUUGUUUUACAAUUUACUAAUGGCACUGCCACAUUCAAAGAAUCCUUCCAAACAUUCGCCAAGUCCACUUAUCGACAAUAUGAUUAAGUUCGUUCGGGAAUUCACUCCCCUUUCAGAAGCAGCGCGUUUAGCGAGAAAAGAUAGGGCCCAAAAACGUAAUGAAGAUGCGGCUGCAGACAUACAAAGUGGUGUUCCAUUUGAGCCAUCGUAUAUCUAUACUAUUUUGAAAAAUACAUCGUCUGCUGGUGUAUUUUCGGUCGAAGGUCGCCAAGAGGAUGCCGAAGAAUUUUUAUCGUGUUUGUUAAAUGGAAUAAGCGACGAAAUGUUAGAGUUAAUGAAAUUGGCAAAUAAUAAUGACCAAAAGUCGGUAGAAUGUCUUGACCCCAAUGCAAAUUAUAAUCAAGGUGAAGAAGAAUGGAAAGUCAUGGGUCCUAAAAAUAAAGGUUCGGUUACUCGAAGCACAGACUUUGGUCGUACUCCUUUAUCGGAUAUAUUCCGAGGUCAAUUGAGAUCUCGAGUUUCUCGAGCAACGGAACAAGCAACCGAUUAUGUUCAACCAUUUUUUACAUUACAACUCGACAUUGAGAAAGCAGAAUCCGUAAAAAGUGCACUUGAAAUACUUGUUGGGAAGGAUCAACUGGAAGGAAUGACUUGCAGCAAAACAAAACAGCAAAUUGAAGCGUGGAAACAAGUGACUCUCGAAGAAUUGCCAGUAAUUCUUAUAUUGCAUUUGAAAUGGUUCGAUUACAAGCCUGAUGGUUGUUCGAAAAUUGUCAAAAGUGUUGAAUUCCCUAUAGAUUUAAAACUCGACGUCAAAUUAAUAUCAGGAUAUGCCAAAUCAAAGUUAAGUCCAAAACAAAGACAGUACAAGUUGUUCGCCGUCACAUAUCAUGAUGGCAAGGAAGCGACUAAAGGCCAUUAUGUAACCGAUGCUUUUCACGUUGGAUAUGGCGGCUGGGUUCGCUACGAUGAUAGUUCUCUUAAAGGAGUUUCUGAGUCAAAUGUAUUAAAUCCUCUACCACCCAGAGUACCAUAUUUACUAUAUUAUAGAAGAUGUGAUACUAUUGGGAAUAAUCAAUCAAAUAAUGUUAAAACGCGGUAGAUAACUAACAGCAACGGAAGUCCUACAAAGUUUAACAAUUCGUUUUAGAUAAAUGAAAACAUGCAUUUUUAUAUUUUCUAAAUUUAAUCUGAGAUUUGUAUUUAAGCGAUUGAAAAGAAACAAAAAAAAAAACAAAAAAACAAAAAAA